AUGCAAACUGCGUGGUAUUCUUCACAGCUCUGUAGAACAGUGACUUCUGGUGUUAAAACAUUGGACCCAAAGGGCAACAACGACUUCAAGAGGGUUUUGGUCGUCAGCUUGGAAGGCGUGAAUCUCGACGUGUUAGUAGUACCACCAAGGGGAGAAGCUAUCAGUGUCAGUAGCGAUUACACCAAGGAAGACGUCGCAAAAGUGAUGAGAGCAGUCCUUUCCUUCUUCUGA